UCUGAUGGAUGCGGAGCUAACAGGGAAGAAAGAGAGCCGGGAUGCGGACCAAGAUAGGUUCCGGCGACGCUCUAAAACAACUCCGCCAGCUUCAAAUCAAUUUGCUAUGUCUAAUUCGUUAGACAGCAGGGUUGGGAGCUUUGAAGAAGCAGACUCUGGCGAUAAAUCGUGCACGCCAACGACUGAUGAACUACAGCAAUCGGGCAAUAGACAACAAUAUGACGUGCCGGCCAGUUUCCGUUUUGUGUAUCUUGGAAGUUCGGUCCUUGACAAGCGCUACACUCAGCAUAUGCUACCGUGGGUCAUUGCUGAGAUCCGGCGGAAAAACGAGCGAAAUCAGAUUGAUUUAAAUGUCAAAGAGAUGACAGUAGAGGCAGUCGACUGCUCCGCAGCAAGUACUUUAUUUCAACAUAAGGUGCAGACCAUAACACGCUGCGCGCGUUCUGUGGACAAGAAGUGUUUUGCCUACCUGACUAAAAUACCCGAUGAUGUAUCUUCCUGUCACUGCUACGUGUUUGAAGCCGUCGAAAUAAGCUCGAUUACUGGGUUUUUUCACAGUAUUCGUGAUGCUGCUAGGCAAGUAGCUGAGCAACCAGAAAGUAAUGUAACCACAGAUAAGGAAAAUUCAUCCAAUGAACCAGCUAAUCCCAACAGCAAUGGCAGUCCAACUAAUUCUACUGAAAAUACUGAGGCACAAGCAGUCAUUUUUCCACUGUGGUAUGUUGGCCGAGUUAUGGUAUCUCACAGACAAGCUCCCCCAAAUCUUGUAGAUGAUUUGGUGGACAGGUUUGAUAAAACAAAAGGAAUGACUGAGUUGGAAAAGCAGCUGAGUGUACAAAAAUCAGAGGAAAGAGAAGGAUUUUCUAAUACAGUCAGUGUUAAUGCCAGUGUUGAAAAUCAUUCUAAGGAACAUCCAGCAUUGAGUAAAGCAAAAAGCUUGGAUCAAGAGAGAAUACUUGGUGGAAAAAGCAGCUGUGAGGACAAGGCACCAGAGGGUAGCAAGCAUCCACCUCUAAUUAAGAUGAACAGUUUGAAUGGAAGACCUCGCUCUGCCAGUGAUGGCGAUAAGACAAAGAACAGUUACCCUACCAGGAGUCAGGAUUCCCCUCAGAACCAACAUCACGCAAAAACACACUCAAGGAAAACUAGUUUCAGUGGUGUUGGUGAAAACAGAAACAUUCUUUUCAAAAUCAGCAUCCACUCAAUUGCAUGUCUCAGUGCAGCCUCUAGGGUACUGCUGAUGGAGAGAAGACUAAGAGAAGUUUCCUUUUGUCAACAGGGAACAAAGUCACCAGAACAUUUUGGCUUUAUCUGCCAUGAGCUCAAAACCGGGCAGUAUUACUGUUAUGUGUUCAAGGGGCGUUCUGAACAACUGGUGGAUGAAGUAAUGCAAUCUUUAAGACAAGCAUUCAACAGUGCAUGGCAAGCAGCAGGCCCUACUUCAGUCUGUGAUAUGUGUCCUCUUCAUCAACUUCAUCAGUUGUGUGUUCAACUUGAAGGGCGUGGUCCAAGAAAUCAAUAUGAUAUACUACAAAAACACAGAAUUAAUCUCAGUGAUGAUGAGAUGAGCCAAUUUACAGAACAAUUUAAGGCUGAAAGUCCAUCAACAAUGAAUGAAGAAAUUGAAGUGAUCAUGGCCAUAUUCAGAGCAAUGUAUGAAAAAAGGCAACUGCAGCACACACACAUUGGCCAGGGACAGCCAUACCAAAAGGACAAAGGGCCAGUAAGCCCUAAUUUGUUGCAAAAAGCCAAGAAGUCUCUAACUAGUUCUUUUGAAAGUUUCAUGAGUAAGAGGUUAAUCAGAAUGUCAUAGAAGCCAAUAUGCUGAAGCUUUCCUACAAUGAAGUUCCACCGUGUUCUGAUGCAGCAGCUGCAACUUGGAACAAAAUUCUUGAGAAUGGAGAUGAAACAGUUGACUUGAAGACUCUGACAGAAGCUGUCAAAGCUGGUGUACCCAAAGCCAAAAGAGGCGAGAUAUGGGUGUUUCUUGCCAAGCAGCACGACUUGCAUUCACCACCGGAAAAGGAACAGCAAUGGAUGGAGAAAACUUACCAUGACAUCAAGGAAGGCUCUACGUGUCACCAGCACUCCAUCUUCAUUGACCUAGGUCGCACAUUUCCCAAUCAUCCAUACUUUGCUCCUCCGUUGGGGCAUGGCCAGUUGUGUUUGUUCAACAUCCUGAAGGCGUAUUCCAUUUUAGACGAAGAAGUCGGCUACUGUCAGGGACUCAGUUUUGUGGCUGGCAUUCUGCUGAUGCAUAUGAAAGAGGAGGAUGCUUACGACAUACUUCGAUUCAUGAUGUACACACUUGGUGUCCGUAAGCAAUACAAACCUGACAUGCAAGAUUUACAGACUCAAUUUUACAUGUUGUCACGCCUCCUACACGAUUACUACAAACCUGUGUACGAGUUUCUACUGGAGCUGGAAAUCACGCCUACUCUUUACGCAGCCCCGUGGUUCCUUACACUCUUCGCAUCUCACUUCCCAGUAGGCUUUGUGGCACGAGUGCUGGAUAUGAUGUUUCUUCAAGGCAUGGAGGUGGUAUUCAAGGUGAUCCUGUUGCUGCUCGGGUCUUGUCAGGUAGAGUUAUUGGAGAGUGAUGGUUUAGAGGGUGCUGUGGAAGUGAUGAAGACUUCACUGGCGCCUUUUGCUGAACAAAACGUCGAGUGGUUGGUCAGUCAAGUGCUCUCGUUUGAUAUCAGUAAAGAUCUGGAGUCUUACGAGGUUGAGUACUGUGUUCUCAAAGAGGAGGACCUAAGCGUUGCGUCAUUUGAGGACAUUGAAAGUGAAAGAGUGGAAUCCUUGGAGGCAGAACUCACCAUCAAAACAAAACAGAUUCAAAUACUGUCUGAACAACUCACUUGUGCGCGGAAUACAGUUCAUAGCCUCGAGAGCACAAUUAACACGAUGCAGAUUAAUCAGGGUGAACUCAAAGGCAUCAUCAGAUCCCUGCGAGCGGAGAACGAAAGCUUGACUAGAAACUUUGAAAAACUGAAAGCGCAGGUGCUUUCCAACGGCGAUUUGGCUCCAGGGGUAGAAACCGCCGAUCCUGCGGAAGAUCAAGCGUUAACGAUCGCAGGCGAUUCAUCUGAAGGCAGUACCAUCAAGCCGACGAAUUCUACCGAGACGAACGCGAGUUCUAACGAAGAGAACACGGACAGUUUCGAGCACAUCGGCAGUGGUAAUGAUCUAACGGACGACGAAGCUGAUUCCGACGAGUUUAUGGAAGGAAAGCGUGGGUGUGGCAAUGGAAGCCCCCCUCUAAGCGAUAAGUGUGAAGACCUUGUCGUUAGUAGAUAAGUUUUCACAGCAUUUUUUUUCUAACGGACGAUAGAAUGGCUCACAUAGGUGUAUUUCGGAAAAACUAACUCCGCUCUGUCCUAGCAGAAAUCAUACUUGAUUUGCAUGACUCUGUGUGGGUUUUCACUGACCGUAAGAAAUCAAUCGACGGGGUUUACUCGACGUAGUGAGUUUACCUUGAACCAGGAAAAACGGGGAUGAGAAACAAGUCUUGCAGCAUGUGGUUUUGCUUCUUACGGUCCGGUCCAAACCCACUUCAUUUUUGUCACAAUAGUUCCGUAACAAUAGUAACUUGUUGGUGUGCUUUAGUAAAGUCAAUCUCUCUCUUUUGUGGGGGUGGGGUAAGUAAGGGGUAAAUUGUCUCGAAAACUGGGCGUUAGUUUCGUUGUGUCAAAUAAGAAGAAUGGUAGACGCGAAAAAUUAGCCCUGUUUGCGUGAGCUUAGGCAAUGGUCAGAGAGAGUUCUAUCGCUUUGUUUUCGUGCAGGUAGUUGGUGUUCAAAGUAUUUCACAGACGCGUAUCAAAACUAGUUUCAACACAUCAAUUGUCAGGGAAAAAUAGUCGCAACAAACGUCCGCGCGUAGACUGGGGUAAAACGUCUAGGAUUGUUUUGGUUUAGUUUUGCUUUGGCUCACCCCGCGAUUGGUUUAGAGAACCCGCGUCAUCCACUCGACCAAUCAGAGGCGAAACUGAAAACGAUAGCGCCUCAGCCACCUGCGUUCUCCCUCCCUUUAGACAGUUUACUUCUUGUUACUUUGAAUUUAGAUUGGUUCCUUUAGACAUAUUCCUCUGCCUUGAUUAGUCAUUGAAAUUACUUGGUCUUUGGUUUAUGACGCACGGUGGAAAUUUCGCGCUCUAACAGCGAUAGUACACUGUCUGUCCUAGUACCAUUUCUUCGUUAGUAAGGGAAGUGUAGUGAAUAUUCCUGUCUACUGACUCCAUACAUUCUUAUGCACCAUGGACUUAUUUCGUUGUGUUUCAUAUUUGUGGGAUUAAUUUAACGUGGGGGUAGUAAAAUUAAUGAAUAUUUUUUGAAUGUUUUAAUCAGGACUGAUUGAAUCUCGUCGGUACUAAGCAAAACAAGAUGUAAACAUAUCUUUUCGGAAAGUAAUAGCGAAAACAACUCCGACUUACGAGUUAAGUUAGCCAGAAAAAAAGAUUAAAAAUUAACAGUAUCUCAGUUUAGGCGAACAUCAAACAGGAAACAGCCGGAGCUGUAGUAGUUAUUAUUUUGCUUGUAUUUUCAAUUUUGUGAUCUAGCAGGCCUUCUUCGCGAGCACUUUUUUUAGUCCGUCUCACAAUUUAUAGCUUGUGGGGCUGUCUUUCUGGAAAGGAAGGGUUCCUUGACGAGAGAAGUAGAUCUUGAGCGCGCAGAAGGACAACCUUGAUCAGUUCAUAAAAAUGCCUGUUACAUAGUUUGAUAUAAAAGCAGUAUCGAAUGCAAAGUGAAUAAUGAUAUUAAUGAUAUAGAAUUAAUUUGUUAUGUUUAUGAAAUUGAAAACAGACGCCAAAAAAAUAGUUUAUACAUUCCACCUUUUUCUUUUGUACAAAGACUAACGCGGUAUCCUUUAUGAAUUUUUGUUUGGAAAUUUGCAAUUGUUUCAUCAUUAGUUGAAUGAUUCAGUUUCAAAUUUCGGAAAAUUUAUGAUAAGUUGUGAAAUAUGUUAAGUUUUUGUCAUGUUCGUAACAAUCAAAGUUGCUCCCUUUUCGUCACACAAGCGUGCUAAUCAUUCGCCAUCUGUUUCUCCUAAUUCGAAUUUGAAAUUUAGCCACAGUUUGCGAAUGGAAUUCGAUAAAAUUGUUGUUGUGCACACGGUCAGUAGACAACAAAAACGGAGGGCACCAUGAGUAUGCAGUGAAAAACUAAUUUUUAACUGGUUAAUUAUUUUUACUCUUUCCUCAACAAUUUCUUUCACAAGACUAGCUUUGUUCGCAGACACCUUCCAACCACUGUUUGCGACUCAGAAUUGAAUGAAAUUUUGACUGGAAAUCCUGUAGUGACUUUAAUUCUGGUACAUUAUCUCCCACUUCAUUCUACAGUUGGUGGAAGAUAGCAGCAGCAACUUUUGCUACCAGCGUUGACAACGUAAAAACAUACGAAUGAAAUCAAAACAAAAUAAUUCCUGACGUAAUUUUAUUUUUCAAAUGAUGACUACUUUUUAUUUGACUAAAAUUCUUUUGGAUUCAGAUGUGACAUAAGUUAAAUUUUCUGGGAUGCUCCGUAAUAUUGUAACUGUUAAAAUAAAGUGAUGAAAGAAUGA